AUGGGUGAAUCCAGACAGGAGCUCGUCGCUUGGCUUAACCAGCUACUCCAGCUGAACAUCACCAAGGUUGAGCAAUGCGGUACCGGCGCGGCGCUAUGCCAGGUGUUCGACAGCAUUUUUAUGGAUGUCCCGAUGUCUCGAGUCAAGUUUAACGUGAACAGUGAAUACGCUUAUAUCCAGAACUUCAAGGUCCUACAAAACUGCUUCAAUAAGCACAGCGUAGACAAGCCUAUUCCCGUCGAGUCUUUGGUCAAGUGCAAGAUGCAGGACAACUUGGAGUUCCUGCAGUGGACUAAGCGGUACUGGGACCUCAACUUCCCCGACCACGACUACGACGCGGUCGCGCGCCGAAAGGGCAGCGGCAUGCCCGCCUCCGCCGGUGCGCCCCGAAUCACGAGUGCCGGCGGAGCCAGGCGAGGAGGUACGACGCCUACUGCCGGCCGCCCCAAGGUUGGCGGCGGUGGCGGCGUUGUUUCUGCCGCUCUUCAAAAGGAGAAUACCGAGCUUAAGGAGACGGUUACCGGACUGGAGAGGGAGCGAGACUUCUACUUUAGCAAACUUCGCGAUAUCGAGCUCUUGGUUCAGGCGGCCGUAGAGGACGACCCUGAGCUUGAAAAGCAAGAGGAUGGGCUCGUCAAGCAGAUCCAGAACAUCCUCUACUCGACAGAGGAAGGAUUCGAGAUUCCCGCCGAAGCGGAUGGCCUCGACGACCAAGAGACAUUCUGA